UUCACUGGUUCCUGGCAUUUGGGUGGACCGUAAAUGCGUCUUUUUGUGUACUGAUUAAGCCAGUUCCUCUUUAGUCACACAGUAUAUUCUUUUGGUGGCGCUCUCAAAGAGUGAAGGACCUGAAAACCUAAGAAACAGCUGUAAUUUUGUAGGAGACGGCUUUGGAGAAUGUGACCAAUGCUAACUCAGUUAUGAACAUUAUUUGUGGAAAUGCUUAUUCAUAUUCUUAAUGUUUUAAGAUGUGCCUAUUUUCAGAAGAUUGCGACUUGAGAAGUUUUACUUUAUACUAAUCGGAAGAUUUUAACAAGACUUCUGGAAAUAACAUUUGUGCGGCUUUCCCUUGUGAAAUUGUAACCUACUCUGCAAACAUGAAUUAUAUGGUUUUAGCGAUUUUGAUUCAGCUCACAUACAGCCUGGUUCAUGCUGAACUGGAUACAGAGAGCCUGAAGUGUCACAAUGACUAUGAGACAACAAUGAUUUGUGAGAUCGACGCAGAAGGGCCUGAGGACUGUAACAAUAGUUCUGCUUUAGUUUUUUCAGGAACUAAUUCUGAAAAAAACUAUACAUGCACUCUGGUGUAUAAAAAUGCAGACUUCAGCUCCUUAAAAACACAUUGUUGGUGCAAAACUCAGAUGCCACGAUUUGUUUAUAAUGACAAUUAUACGGUAUACCUAUUGACUGGGAAAAUAAGUUCACACUUGAAGAAUAUAAUUCCCUGCAACAACAUCAAACCAAGAGCUCCCCAUAUACUGAAUGUGAAACAUGGAGAGAAUGGAAAUUUCCGAGUCACCUGGGAAAAUAAUUACUCUAAUGAAAGCUUCUUAUAUGAUAGCCUGAAUUUUCAGCUGAGCUACGGGAUAAAAGAGAAGGGAGAUGAAGUUGCAACAGUAUUAAAUGUCAGCGAUUUCUUCUAUGAGAUUUUAAAGAGCAGCCUGAACCCUGGGCGUGAUUAUGUUGUGAAAGUGAGGUCAUACUCAAGCAACUACCAAACACAGUUCAGUGACUGGAGUCAGGAGCUGGAGUGGCACAACUCUAUGACUGUUCCUGACAUACUGAAGGUGGGAAUCCCAGUUCUUUGUGUAUUGCUUAUUAUCACCAUUGUUUCUUCUUAUCGAUUCUACACUAGACUGAAAAAGUCAUGGUGGGAUAAAAUCCCCAACCCUGGUAACAGUCGCAUAAACCAUGUGUACUCUGCAAAUACGAAGUUGGUGCUUUCCCCACUUUAUUGCAAACCUAUCAUCAACAAUUUAACACUUGACAUGCAGACAUCUGGAAUAAUUGAAAAGCUAUGGCCACCAUCACUUGAUGGAGAUGCCACAUUGGAAAAAUUUAACUCUGUUAUCAGCAAGACUGUUGAAGAAGACCAAAAAGUGGUUGUGACAGAAUCUCCUUAUCAUGGCUGUUCCAGUUCGUAUGAGGCUGACUACCCUGAUACAAUCACCACCUAUUCACUGACUAAAGAGAGGGACACAGCUAACUCAGAGAUCAUCACACAAACUCAGAAUGCACUGCGUGCACUGUUUUGCCAGCAUGAUAUAUUUCACGCCCACCACCCUAAAGCCUUCAUACCCACAAGUGUGCUACACAAUAGCAUGGAUGUAUGCAAUGCAUAUAGUGGCAGUGACAACUGUGCAUUAAUGAAGAAUAGGAAUCCUGGAUGUGGAGAGCUUAAUGUUCUGCCUUUUACUACUGAUGGCCAAGCUCAUCAUUUCCGGAGCUCUGUGAGCUCAACAGGUUCUUCUGAAUCAGGGUACAAAAGCAUUCCGUACUCUUGGGUAUCUCUUAAGGAGUAUCCUGUUUUCAAAAUGGAAAGUUCAAAAGAAUUAGUUUUGAGUGAAAGACCACCAAUGACUGCUCAGCCAGAGGUGUGGUGUGAUCCUAGCUAUCAAGGUCUCUGUCUAAACACAUGCCUUAAUAAUAAUGAGAAAUGUCCUCUCUCCUCCAUGAACACAGACUCUCUGAAAGGUCCUUUCUUACCAACACCUGUGCAAACCAUCUCAGAGUAUCAGUCCUAUGAUGGCAAUGGAACCCUAUUAACCAAUGGAACAACAGUUUUUCUCUCCUCCAGAUCUCUGCUUUGUGGAGCUGGUAAUUUGCUGUCAUCUCCAGGAGCUCUUCAAUUAGCAGAUGGGUAUCAGAGCUUAAAUGACACUAGAACCAAAAGAAACUCGGACGUAACUAAUUUCAGUGUGGCAACUACAGAACAGACCCCUACAGACAUUGAUUGGCAACUUGAAACAAAGCUUAUCUGCAAUGUCAACCCUGCCUAUGCAGAUCUGAAAAUCUCUGCAUGUAGUACAUCAUCUUGUGUAGAAGGCUACCAACCUUUUCAAACUAUGGUUGAAAAAAUAUCUAUUGAUAAGCCACCUGUUCAACAUUUAAAGCACGUUGUAUCAUCAAAGAGUUUGCAGGAUUUACAGUUAAGCUGUUUCUCAGGCUUGAAUCUCACAGAGAUCCCAAAAGAUGGACCCACCAUAUGUGUUUCAGAUUACCAUGGUCUGCAAAACCCACACACCAGAAUUAAUCCAGAUAAAGACUCUCAUCCUGGCUCUGUUAUAGCUAUUCCAGAGAUGACAAUAAUGCCUAUAGAUUCUACUUAUAAAAAACUGUAAACAUUUCCAAAUAAAACAGAUAACAAGUAAUACAUAUGAAUGCUGUAGAUCCUAUUAAGAUGCAUGUUUUAUUGGAAUGGUAUCAAGUGACAUAUCGAGAAGGAAAAACUGGGGGCUCCCUGCAUUCAUAGGCUAACCUCUACAAACUGUGGGUCCAUGUCACCAGCUGACUUUGACCAGGAUGCCACAUGAGUGGCAUAGCAGUGCUGUGGGAAUGGCUGAGAUUAGUCAGCAGAGUCAUUUUUAUCUCCCAGUGACAACAGUGACUUCCCACCUCUACUUCCUGGUGACUGCACGCAUGCAGUGACAUUGCUCUCGGAUGCACCACUCAGGCAUCCUGCAUAAAAGCCUCCAGUACAUCACGGACCUUGUAGUGUGUAGAAAGAUAAAUGACUUGAUAAUUAACUUUCUCUUCCUCCUCUCUGGAAGCUGAGACACAAAGACACAAUUGGUAAUUCCAGAUUGGGAGGGUUUAGAAAAAAAUAUUUUAAGAUUCUACAUUUCAGAAAGAAGAUAAUGAAUAAAGACUAAAGAAACAUGCCUUAAUUAAAAAUGUAAAAAUAAUGCUGAGUUAUAUUAAAAAAGAGAGGUGACUCUUUCUCCCUUCUGCAAGAUGAGACACAAAGACACAAAUGGUAGAGUGGCAGACGUUGGCAGGUGGGAUCCUCUUUCAAGGUUAUCUUUCUUUAUGUGGUUGGGAACUACCCCUACACCGGAAUUUCAGGCAGAGAAAAUGUGCUCACUCCUUGUUUGCUAAUUUUAACUUAAAUCAUAGUUUACAAGGCGGAAGGCAAUAUUGUAAAAGACUUGCCCAUAACUAUGAAAAAAUGUAUAUUAUUUAAUUGCAAGAAAGAUGUAAUGUUAAUCUCUAUUUUCUAUAAUGUAAAUAAAUUCAUUUUUUUGUUUGCUUACUUGCCAGUGGAAAAAAAUGUUUAGAAGUCUGCAGCCUUUUUAUAUUUUUUUUCCUCUGUGUAUGUUAAGUGAAGUCUAAUACAAAAAAAUAAGGAUACACGGUUUAUGUGGUCAUGUCUUUAUGAAUCAUUGUAAAAAAUUUACAAAAAAAUCAUGUCUUUAUGAAUCAUUGUACUUUUAUUUGAAACAAAAGAUCCUGAUAAAGUAUGAUUUCAAAAGACUCCUAAAAGAUCAUGAUUUUGUUCAACGCCAAGCAAGCGGGCUUUUAAAAGAGUUGCUACAAAUAUGCUUGGUGGACUGUUCCGUACACUAUUUUUCACUUAACCAUUUGUUUUUAAUUAGCUUGGAAGUGCUGUGUUUGCCGUCAGCUUUAGAUAUAAACUGUUGGUUUCAUUGUGUUUCAUUGUCUGUUUUUGAAGAUUUUGCAUUUACCACCAAAAUUGCAUUUUUUGUAAUUUGUUUUAUAUAUGAACCAUAUCCAAUUCAUGUCAGUCACUUGUACUAUAAUUGCAGUGGUUUGGGGUGUUUCUUUAAUGUAACUGUGGUCAUUAUACAAUGGUUUGAAAUGCACAGUUCAGUAAACAUUUGCAGCUUUC